AUGGCCGAUCAGGAACAACCUUCUACUCCUAACCCCGAUUCUCCUAAGCCAAAGCGUGCCCCUCCUAAGCUAGGCAAGAAGUCCCCUGCCAAACAAGAGCAGACCCCUCCCGCCUCUGAACAAGGACAAGAGGAACAAAAAGACGACAGUCAAGAAAAUACCUCCGACCCCAAGCCUGAAGAGCAACAAGAAGAGCAAAAAGAAGAGCCAGAACAAAAGCCCGAGCCCGAGCCCGAGUCCGAGCCCAAAGCACAAGAGCCAGACUCCGAGCCCGAACAAAAAGAGCCCGAACCCCAACCCCAACCUCAACCCAAGCCUGAACGUCGUCGACGUAAACCCCGUCGUCAAGAAUCAGACGUCGAAUCAAUCCAAAUGGAAGACGAAAAGCCUCAACGUCGCGUCCGCCGCCAGCGCCAGCCCAAGCAACAACAAGAUGGCAGUCCUCUAGGCGGCCUUCCCGGUGUCGGUGGCGUCGACCAAGCCGGCCAGCUCGUACAAAACACAGCGGGUAAUGCGCUCAACGGCGCAACCGGCAGUGCGGGUAAAGCCGUAGGUGGAAUCCUAGGCGGUGGCCAAGACAAGAAGGAAGACGACGAUGGAGGUCGGGAUGAGCAGCUGCGUUUGCGACUGGACCUCAAUUUGGAUAUUGAGGUUCAGCUCAAGGCGAAGAUUCAUGGUGAUUUGACGAUUGGGUUGCUUAAUUAA